AUGCGUGAUCCGAAUAUAAUUACUAGAGAGGUAGGACUUUUGAUUGAGUCAAGUUCUGUAGAGUCGAAUUUCACACAAGCUGUUAAGUUUUUUACUCUCAGCCUGUAUUCUCUACUGUUUGUAUUAAUUGAUCUUGGUUUUGGUGACAGGGAUGUUUUUUUCGUUUGCACCUUGUACUGGUGUUUUCGAAGUACUGACUUAUGGCAAAAAAGUGUAGUUUAUGUUAUUGAAGCACAUGUUAUGUCGUAUAACAAAAUGCUACUGGCGUGUUUUGUUAUUUUUUCAUCAAUUAUUGCAAUCUGUUAUGCCGCGUAUGACACCGGUGAAUUGCGAAAUGUAGUAUAUGAUCUCGAAAUUGCCGAAAUACCUCUGGGAUUUGAAAAUUUGAAGUUGACUGAUGAAUUAAUGGAUUCAGCAAUGUCAGACUUUAUACUGCAGAAAAAGAUUGGUGUGGAUGACAGAAGUUCCUUUAUUAUUACUAGUGAAUUCGGGCAGGAAUUUAUUUGUUCGUUGCCUGAGGUUCAAUUACAAAAGCAUGUUGAUGCAGUGAAAUCAAAUUUAACUGUUAAUUUGAUAUCCGAUGUUGUAGCAGCUAGUUUUUAUAUACAAAAUUGCAUCAGACGGAAUAUGGGAUGGUGGACUUAUGAACUUUGUUAUAAUGAACAUGUGCAGCAAUUUCGUCUUGAAGGUUCAAAAACUGUUGGGGACAUAAUUUAUUUGGGAUAUUACAAAAAAGAUUCUGAUAUUAAUUUCUCCGAACACAAAAGUGAGGAACAUCCCUAUUUUGAACAAAUUUACGAUGACGGGACAGUAUGUGAUUUAACUAAUAAAUCAAGACGUACACGAGUUUGGUAUAUGUGCGAUGAAAUGCUUUCAACAGGUGAAGCUUACAUUGCUGACGUAGAUGAACCAUCUUCUUGUCAGUAUAUCGUAAAGGUGAAGACUGGUUCACUCUGCAAGCUUGAAGGUUUUGUAGGGCAAAGCGUUCCACGUAAACCUUUGCCAAUUAUGUGUCGUCCAUUAUUAGAUCAGAAAGCUGCUGUGAAGUAUCUUGAGCAAUUAAUGGAAGAAAAAAGACAACAAGAAAAAGCUAAAAAUCAAAUGAAGUUAUUAUUAGCUCGGGCUGAAAGCAUACAGCGACAGAGAUAUGCUAGAAAGCGUUUAGUAUUUCAAACACCAGAUGGAAAAAAAGAAAUGGAAUUAGCGGAGACAGAGCUCAAAACGGAAUAUGAGAAUAUUAUGAAGUCAGUCACGCAGCUGAAUGUUGAUUUGGAAAAGGCGAAAACAGAUUUUCACUUUAUAUAUGAUGAUGUGCACGAGAUGAAAACGCGUUAUCUCACCGAAGCAGAUGAAGACCGCGGAAAUAUUUAUUGGUAUUUCAAAGACAUGUAUUGGGAUCGUAAAUUUUUUCCAUUGUCAUCGUUUUUUCAAAAGAUAGAUGCAGAAUUUGAUUUAAAAAAGAAAUCGCUCCCAAUUUUUUUGCGCAAUAUCGAUGAAGGAGUAAUAAAAGAUACACAUUUGACUGUUAUGAUCGGUUCUUUGCGACAAGCUUUCCAUGAGAAUAUAUUUCCUGAUAUCGUGGAUCGCAUUGAUGACUUAAAAAAUUCGGCUUUAAAAACUAUGUGGAUUAACUUUGAAAAAAGACUUGAAUUACUACAACUUUUCGAAUACAAAAUUUUUAAAUUAUUGAAUCAGAAGGUAAAGUUCGCGGCUGAUGAUUUAAUGUCACAUGUUGCGCGGCAGCUUAUUUUGAUUCGAACAAUGCAAAGCUAUAAUCGUGCAGUAUCACGUUAUAAUAGGAACGCUUUAAGAUACUUUUCAAAGCAAGACGAACCUUUUAGAUUUCUCGAAAGUUCCGUUGAGUAUACCUUAGAAAAUGAAGAGGUCAAUAUCGAUGACAAGAACGCAAACAGUCAAAAUAAGAAAGAGCAGGCAGCUAGAUUACGAAUGCUUGAACGAGCUAGGAGAAAAAACUUGAGGAACAAAUUUGAACAUUAUAUACGAACGACAGAAUGGACUAGGAAGGAUCAGAAACAAGAAAAAAUACUUGACGAUGAUCUUAAUGGAUUAAGAGAGCAAUUAUUAAUUUUCAAAAACACACUAGAAGAAAAAAUUCGUGAAACAGGUUUAGUUGACGGUGUAGAUGUGAAAGUGCAGCUAGUCUCUCGGUUAAGUAGCACUAGCACUAAUGAUGCUAGUGAUGUAGAGGGAUUGAACAGUGAGCGUGUAGCAGGCGUGUUAAAAGCAUUUUUUCUUGAGCAAGAUGGUGUUACAGAGGAAGAAAAUCGUUAUGAUCGUUUAGCACGAGGAUACACAUAUGGAGCGGAUGAUAAAGCAAAGGAAAAUGUACGGAAAAAUGGAGAUGAAGAUGAAAGGGAUUUGAAGUCUGUCAUUUUACUUGUUUUGAAAAAGAUGUUGUCGUGA